AUGUCGUUUGUUCUAUUAUCGAAGAUGGCGAAGUUGAAGUUUAACCAUAUACGACACACAAUCAUUAGCACGCAAAAAAGCACAACCAUUAUGCCGGGGAUAAGUCAGCUCUUGAACAAUAGAUUGAUCGGAAAGGAAUUCAGUUCCGCCGUCCCCACUAUGUUCAAGAGAGAAGACUACAAGCUGACUAUACACGACAUCGCAUUCUCCAAAUGGCGGAAUCUUAUAAGACACAAUGAUUGGAAAGAUUUCAAUAAUAGAAAAGAAAGGGUCCGUAGAUACAGACAUGAGGACUUACCCCCUCAACGUUGUACGGGUCUGUAUGAGCUCGGUGUAGGCGUCAUCGGUCAAGACCAAGGCCAAAACUUUGAUCCUGAUAAUAAUGUUCUUGGUGUAUAUGUCGGACAAUGUGUAGACGUAAAAUCAAGACUCCAGGAUUAUGGAAGACGCGGUGGUCAUUUGCCCUCGGGUUUAUAUGAGGACAUAUUCUCGGAAGGAUACUCAGUUUUUUAUAGAUGGGCACCAGAAGCUGCUGCAACAGAAGGGAUGCUUUUGAGCACUUUUGAUUAUGCAUGGAACACAUGCAGUAAUGGGGAACGACGCCAUCUUGAGUUACAGAAGCUCGGUGACCCCGAGUUUAUGAGCAAGAGAAAGUCACAAGUGCUAGUUCCUUCUAUUCGAGACCAAGUUGUUACCAUCAAAGUAGAGAAGAGUAAUUAUACUUUCCUCACUUCAACACUCAAAGUGAUGAGACCAUUUGGUUAA